AGUAAUGUAAUUACAGUAAGAGAAUUAGGGCGAGCGUAGCCCACAGGCCCAGUGCGACACGCGCAGCCACCGCAGCACCAUGCCCAAGGACGACGCGGAGACCACGGCGCUCAAGAAAGAGCUCAACGAUCUCAUCGCCAAGUGCAAGGCUGAGCAAGAAAAGGCCGCAGAUGUGAAGUUGGCGGAGAAAUGCGGGGACAUGGGCGAUGUGCCCAAGAUCCGACUCGUGGUCAAAAAGACGCUGAAGGGCCACAUCAAUAAGGUCAACUCGGUGCACUACAGCGGCGACUCUAGGCACUGCGUGACGGGGUCACUGGACGGCAAGCUCAUCAUCUGGGACACGUGGAGCGGCAACAAGGUGCAGGUCAUCCCGCUGCGCUCCGCCUGGGUCAUGAGCGUGGCCUUUGCGCCUUCGGGCAAUUUUGUCGCGUGCGGCGGCAUGGACAACAUGUGCACGGUGUACGACGUGAACAACCGCGACGCGACGGGCUCGGCCAAGAUGGUGCGCGAGCUCGCCGGCUACGAGGGCUUCCUCAGCUCAUGCCGCUUCCUCGACGACAAGCACAUCCUCACGGGCUCCGGUGACAUGAAGAUUUGCGUGUGGGACCUGGAGGUCGGCAAGAGGGAAGUGGACUUCAACGCUCACGCCGGUGACGUGGUCAGCAUCUCUCUUGCUCCAGACAUGAAGACGUUCGUGACGGGCUCGGUGGACCGCACGUGCAAGCUGUGGGACGUGCGCGCUGAGAAGGAGAAGCAGACCUUCUUCGGCCACGAGGCUGACGUCAACUGCGUCUGCUACCACCCAAGCGGGCAGGCGUUCGCCACGGCGUCCGAGGACAAGACGGCGCGACUGUUCGACAUCCGCAGCGAUCAGCAGGUCGGCCACUACACGCCGCCCGGCAACGCCGGCUUCACCAGCUGCGGUUUGUCAUUCAGCGGACGGUACCUGCUGGCCGGCUCUGACGACAACAGUAUCCACUCGUGGGACACUCUCAAAGUUGCCCAUACGGGAACGCUGAACGCCCACGAGAACCGCGUAACAUCCAUCUCGCUGGCGCCCAACGGCAUCGCGCUCGCGUCCUGCUCGUGGGACCAGAGCGUCAGGGUCUGGGGCUGAUCCCUUCGCCCCCUACGUCCUAUUAUAAGUCUUAGUCAUUACGCAACAUUUCACAUGACUUGUAAUCUCGUAACGUGAAAAGCUCUCUAUACAUCGUUUCCACUAUUAUGUAUUCGACUUUUAAAUCAUGUUAAAAUCAUUAUUCACUAUUCAUAUCUGUUAAGCUACUAUACUUUAAUCACCGUUAUUAAAUUUUAAACAAUU